AUGGGCCUACCAUUACACGUGGCCUCGCCGUCCCCCACCGCAGCCGCGGCAGCCUCCACAUCGCUGAUGAGCUCGUCCAACGCGCUGGAGCUGAUGCGCACGUAUCACAUGUACGUGCGCAUGCACAAGACGCGCUGCCGGUAUCUUCUGCUGCUGCUACUGAUGUUCCUCUACUACUUCCAGUGCACCUUGUGCGGGCCCUACGACCUCCUCAUGAGCGGUGCUGCGGGAGGCUCCAGCCUCGCUGGUGUCGGAGCCGGGGACCCUUCAAAGGACGGCGGCCUACGCCUCGGUCUGGCCGCUCCAGACGCGGGGACCGCAGGCGAUGGCGGCCGCCUGGCGGGCAGCUCUGAAGGCAGGCGUCACCGUUACGCGCGGCCGCCGCUCAUCACCCGUGCCCUGAGCGGCAUAGGGGCGACGGUGGGCCGAAUGGACCUGUGGGAAGUACAGUGGUGGCCCCCGUCCAACCGGACACCAGACGCGGCCGACGCGCACUAUGAGCAAGGGCUCCACGUUGCUACCCCCAGCGCGGCCUCUCUGUCGCUGGCUCGCAGUGAACCACCGUGGUCAGUCGACACGCAGCGGGGGCUCGUCGCGGCCAUCGCCCGCAGCGCAACGCGACUGUCAGGCCUUUUGUUUGGUCAGGACCCUCCACCGUACGAGCUGGCGCUGAGCGCCUUCUUCCGCACGCGGCAGGCGACGUCCGGCAGGUCGUGCAACCCCGGUCAGGCCGGCGCCAUCGACAACGAUGUCCGGAAGGAGCUGAUCCACUACAGCGCCUUCGCGCGAGACUUUAAGCUCCGCGUACCGCUGCUUCUCUAUUACAACCGCAUGCCCGUCUACGCCAUGAUGCAGCACCUGCGGCUUAUGCGGGUUCGAAACUGCCAGUUGCUGGACUACAUGAGUCGCGCCCACGCCUCGCGCCACCGGCCGGAAAAAGCGACGGGCGACGUCGCCGACAACCCGGACUUGCACGCGCGGCAGCUGAGCUUUGAGCUGGCACGGCUGUCGUUGGUUCUUUAUCUGCAGCGCCUGCACCUGCGCGCGCUGCGGCACGCGGACGCCAUGCGGCUGGAGACGUUCCACUUCCUCCGCCACCUUAGCUCCACCAUCCCCGUCCUGCGCAGCGUCUGGGUGGGGCAGGAUCACUGUAGCUGGCCAGGUGUCUCGUGCGUCGUCGUCCGCGUUCCGCUGAACUCGCUGAUCGACAGCGAACACCCUGCGGUGCAGGCGUUCGUAGAGGACAUCUUCUCUGUCUGCCGCGGCCCGCAGUGCCGACAGCGGCGCUGCGCCGCGCCGUCCUGCUCGGCCUACACGCGUCAUCUGACGCGCCGCCUGUUCACCUCGGCGGCGCCGGCGUACUGGCUCAAGUGGGACCGCACGGACGACACGGCAGCGAUGGACGAGAUGAUCUGGGAGAAGACCCCCACCUCAUCACGCGGUGCUGCCGGCGUCAAUGCGAUGGCGGCAGCACAACCACCAUCGCCCUCGGCCGCCUCCACCGGCAGUGACGGCGACGCAGGGCGCAGUGGAAGCAGAAAGGCCGCAACCGCAAGCUCCGCAGGAGCCCGCUCGAGUCACGGCACCCCAGCGAGAUCGAAGCGGUCGGUGUGGACGGAGCAGAUGUUUGCGUACGAGCACCCGCACCUGGUCCUGACGGAACCAACCUUGCUCGUCGAUAUCGACGUGCAGAACAUCAUCAAGGAGAUUGUCGAGCCCAUCCUCCCAAGUGCCCCCUGCAACAGCGGUGGCGGCGAAUGUGUGUCGUCGUCACCAUCGCUAUCUGCGACUCUCUUAGGUCCUCUGUCAGACUUCGCCACGCCGGAGUACGCCGAGGAUGUUGAGCGGCCACUCACUGGUGAUCUCUUCGGUAUGCAGCGCCGCCUUCUCCGGACAAUUGCCGAGGCCGCGCCGCGGGGGCUGCAGUACGGCAAGCAGCGUAACGGCAGCUCCACCGUGACGAUCCCAUACACCUUUGUUAAGCUGAACUUGGCGAACAUGGGCCUGCGUGGGUACUUGCCGGGCUUCUACGACAUCGCGUCGGCGUAUGAUGACCAGCGAGACACUGCCGCUGCUCAUGGAAAGCGCGAGACCACCAACACAGGCAGCGGUGGCGCCAGCGGCACCCAGUCGGGCCUCGCCGAUGCCUGUGAGGCGGCGAACCUUCCGUCGGCAACGCCAGCCGCGACCCGGCAACGCGGCAGUAAGUCAGCGCCGAAAGUCAGCGUGCUCACCCCUCGCUCUGACCUGUACUGGGGCCGCCGCUCCCGCAUGCGCAUGUUGGAAGCACGCAACUUGUCAUCUGCCUCCCUCGCAACGGCCGCGGCGCGACGGUCUCUAUCGUCUGUCGCAGCGAUCAGAAGCGAGCUGCAGUGGGUGCUGCGUCGGCUGGAGAAGAUCGGCCAGCGCAACCAUCACGAAGACCUUGCCGCCUACUUCUCCGAGGUGGCCUCGCUGGCCCGCUUCCAAAGUGAACGGUGGAGCCCCUACCGCUGGCCGGAGGCGAUGAUCACCGCCACGAGCAACGUGUCGCAGUCCGCCACGCGGCGGCUCUACACCAUCCUCGAGAACAGCGCCUUCUCCCCGAGCUUCGCCGACCCAGUGCAGAGCAUCGAUCACAGCGUGAACGUCUUUGGUGAGCUGAACCCCCGCCUGAUCGGCCUUCUGUCACUCGACGUCUCGGCAAACCCGUUGCUGACGCACGUGUUUCCACGAACAUGGUUGUCCAUCCCGCAUCUGCAGUCAGUGCGGACGACCGGCACGUCCAUCCUGGCACCGCCGCUGCGGCUGCGGUCACGCCUCUACAGCCACGCCGCCUACUGCCCUGCGUCGUCUGUGCGCUUCGACAGUGGCAUGAAGGCGGACACCGAGGAAGCAAUGGGCGAACGACCCCGCAGGGAUACGGAGGUGGGAGCACCGACGGAAACGGCACGUGACGAGGUCGAGGUGUCCUCUGCAACGGAGAGCAGUCUUCAUGACAAGGACUUCAUCAGUGCCGUGCUCAUCCCGCCCUUCUCCAAGAUCGACACCGUGUUCUCUGCCAGAAACCCGUCAGAAACUGUCUUUCAGCAUCAAGACCCCCCCCUCACCGGCCGGCGUCCCCUCAAGUAUCCAGCCUCCCUCCAUGAAGGCUUUCUGCAGGGCAUCAAACGCCUCCUCUCACUGCAGUAG